UAAUCCCCGCACCAAGCGCUUAACCUCAUUGGGGUGGAGGAGAAGGCGGCGGCUCUCUGGUCCGCAGCGGCAACAGUAACGAAAAACAGGGCUAAUGGACUGCUGAAUUAUGAAGUAUUUCAGACCCAAUAGUAGAACAUCACUCUGCCACUCACUCCUUUAUCUCCUACUUGUUAUUUAAACUGGACUUUUAAUAUCCUACCAGCUGCUCUUCAGACACACAUGGUGCAUUGUUGCCAUUCCCCAGAUUGCAUCUUUGAAACACAGGCUCUUAGUAACCUUCAGCGAACAAAGAGGCAACCUCCCAGAUACGUCUGCUGGGAGGGAGUCAUCUUGACUGCCCUCUAGCUUUUGCUGGAUCUGGAUUUGAAUUCCAGUAUGGAGCCUCGCAUGGAGUCCUGCCUGGCGCAGGUGUUGCAGAAGGAUGUGGGGAAACGAUUGCAGGUUGGCCAAGAACUGAUAGACUAUUUCUCAGACAAACAGAAGUCUGCUGACCUUGAGCAUGACCAGACCAUGUUAGAUAAACUUGUGGAUGGACUUGCUACAUCUUGGGUGAACUCUAGCAAUUACAAGGUGGUUCUGCUGGGCAUGGACAUCCUGUCCGCCCUGGUGACCCGGCUGCAGGAUCGGUUCAAGGCGCAGAUCGGCACAGUGCUGCCAAGUCUAAUAGACAGACUAGGAGAUGCUAAAGACUCUGUGAGGGAGCAGGACCAAACUCUGCUGCUAAAGAUCAUGGAUCAAGCUGCUAAUCCCCAGUACGUAUGGGACAGAAUGCUUGGAGGCUUCAAACACAAGAAUUUCCGUACUCGAGAAGGCAUCUGUCUCUGCCUUAUAGCAACACUCAAUGCCUCUGGAGCACAGACUUUAACACUAAGCAAGAUUGUGCCACAUAUAUGCAACUUACUUGGAGAUCCAAACAGCCAGGUUCGAGAUGCAGCAAUAAACAGCUUAGUGGAAAUUUACAGACAUGUAGGAGAACGUGUGAGGGCAGAUCUCAGUAAAAAAGGAUUGCCACAGUCCCGGUUGAAUGUAAUUUUUACAAAAUUUGAUGAAGUCCAGAAAUCUGGAAACAUGAUACAAUCUGCAAAUGAUAAAAAUUUCGAUGAUGAAGAUUCUGUGGAUGGUAACAGACCUUCCUCUGCUAGUUCUACAUCAUCCAAGGCUCCACCAAGUUCUCGGAGAAACGUUGGAAUGGGAACCACCCGCCGGCUUGGUUCAUCCACCCUUGGAUCCAAGUCUUCAGCUGCAAAAGAAGGAGCUGGUGCUGUUGAUGAAGAGGAUUUUAUUAAAGCAUUUGAUGAUGUACCUGUAGUACAGAUUUAUUCCAGCCGAGACCUUGAGGAAUCCAUAAACAAAAUUAGGGAAAUACUAUCUGAUGACAAGCACGAUUGGGAGCAGAGAGUAAAUGCUCUAAAAAAGAUUAGAUCUUUACUUUUGGCUGGUGCUGCUGAGUAUGAUAACUUCUUUCAACAUUUGCGUCUUUUGGAUGGAGCCUUUAAACUCUCUGCUAAGGAUCUGCGGUCUCAGGUAGUGCGGGAGGCUUGUAUCACGUUGGGGCAUCUGUCAUCAGUUCUGGGGAAUAAGUUUGACCAUGGAGCUGAAGCCAUUAUGCCAACUAUCUUUAAUUUAAUUCCAAACAGUGCCAAAAUUAUGGCCACAUCUGGUGUUGUAGCUGUUAGGUUAAUUAUUCGGCACACACACAUCCCUAGGUUAAUACCUGUCAUAACAAGCAACUGUACCUCUAAGUCUGUCGCAGUUAGAAGGCGCUGUUUUGAAUUUUUAGAUUUGCUUUUACAAGAAUGGCAGACACAUUCACUAGAACGACACAUAUCAGUAUUAGCUGAAACAAUAAAGAAGGGAAUACAUGAUGCUGAUUCCGAAGCAAGAAUAGAAGCCAGAAAAUGUUACUGGGGUUUCCACAGUCACUUCAGCAGAGAAGCAGAGCACUUAUACCACACCUUGGAGUCCUCCUACCAGAAAGCCCUGCAGUCCCACCUGAAGAACUCAGACAGCAUAGUGUCUCUGCCUCAGUCAGACCGCUCGUCUUCCAGCUCUCAAGAGAGUCUAAAUCGUCCGCUGUCUGCCAAAAGAAGUCCUACUGGAAGUACCACAUCUAGAGCUUCUACAGUUAGUACCAAGUCUGUGUCAACGACUGGGUCCCUCCAGCGAUCUCGAAGUGAUAUUGAUGUGAACGCAGCAGCCAGUGCCAAAUCCAAAGUCUCCUCAUCUUCGGGCACGACGCCUUUCAGCUCUGCAGCGGCUUUGCCUCCGGGGUCAUACGCAUCCUUAGAUGGUACUACCACUAAAGCGGAGGGUCGGGUCCGCACAAGAAGGCAAAGCUCUGGGAGUGCCACCAAUGUCGCCUCUACACCUGAUAACCGGGGCCGCAGUCGCGCUAAAGUGGUUUCACAGUCCCAGCGAUCCAGAUCUGCUAAUCCUGCUGGUGCUGGCAGCCGGUCAAGUUCCCCAGGAAAAUUGUUGGGAAGUGGUUAUGGUGGACUUGCUGGGGGCUCCUCACGAGGCCCACCUGUGACACCGUCUUCAGAAAAGCGAAGCAAGAUUCCCAGGAGCCAGGGAUGUAGCCGGGAAACAAGUCCAAACCGAAUAGGAUUAGCACGGAGCAGCCGUAUCCCUCGACCCAGCAUGAGUCAGGGGUGCAGCCGCGAUACCAGCCGUGAGAGCAGCCGAGAUACAAGCCCUGCUCGGGGCUUUCCUCCACUUGCCUCUCGACGUCAUUCCAGGUCCACUAGUGCUCUCUCCACUGCUGAAUCUGUUGGGCAGUCAGAUCGGUUUGGGCUUGGCCAGCCAGGAAGAAUACCUGGUUCUGUGAAUGCCAUGAGAGUUCUGAGCACAAGUACAGAUCUUGAAGCUGCUGUUGCCGAUGCUUUGCUGUUAGGAGACUCCAGGAGCAAGAAGAAGCCUGUGAGGAGGAGAUAUGAGCCGUAUGGGAUGUAUUCUGACGAUGAUGCCAACAGUGAUGCCUCAAGUGUUUGCUCUGAGCGCUCAUAUGGCUCCAGGAAUGGUGGCAUUCCCCAUUAUCUGCGGCAGACUGAGGAUGUAGCAGAAGUUCUCAACCACUGUGCUAGUUCAAACUGGUCAGAAAGGAAAGAAGGGCUUCUGGGCCUGCAGAACUUACUGAAGAGCCAAAGAACACUGAGUCGAGUUGAACUGAAAAGGUUAUGUGAGAUCUUCACUCGGAUGUUUGCUGACCCUCAUAGCAAGAGAGUUUUCAGUAUGUUUUUGGAGACUCUUGUGGAUUUUAUAAUAAUUCAUAAGGAUGAUUUACAAGACUGGCUUUUUGUUCUUCUCACACAAUUACUUAAGAAAAUGGGAGCAGAUUUACUUGGAUCUGUGCAAGCAAAAGUUCAAAAGGCUCUAGAUGUCACAAGGGACUCCUUUCCAUUUGAUCAACAAUUUAACAUUUUGAUGAGAUUUAUUGUGGAUCAAACUCAAACUCCAAACCUCAAGGUCAAAGUUGCAAUCCUGAAGUACAUUGAGUCUCUGGCCAGACAGAUGGAUCCAACAGAUUUUGUAAACUCUAGUGAGACAAGGCUUGCUGUUUCUAGAAUCAUAACCUGGACAACAGAACCAAAGAGUUCAGACGUGAGAAAGGCAGCACAGAUUGUGCUAAUCUCUCUGUUUGAAUUGAAUACUCCUGAAUUUACCAUGUUACUUGGUGCCUUGCCAAAAACAUUCCAGGAUGGUGCCACCAAACUCCUGCACAACCACCUCAAGAAUUCCAGUAACACCAGUGUGGGCUCUCCAAGCAAUACGAUUGGCCGGACGCCCUCCCGACACACCAGCAGCAGGACCAGCCCCCUGACCUCACCCACCAACUGUUCCCAUGGGGGUCUGUCUCCAAGUCGGUUAUGGGGUUGGAGUGCCGACGGGUUAGCGAAGCACCCACCUCCCUUUUCUCAGCCUAACUCCAUCCCCACCGCUCCCUCCCACAAGGCUCUCAGGCGCUCUUACUCUCCCAGCAUGCUGGACUAUGAUACAGAGAACCUGAACUCUGAAGAAAUCUAUAGUUCUCUACGUGGAGUUACAGAAGCCAUUGAAAAGUUUAGUUUUCGAAGCCAAGAAGAUCUGAAUGAGCCAAUUAAACGAGAUGGCAAAAAGGAGUGUGAUAUUGUGUCCCGCGAUGGGGGUGCUGCCUCCCCUGCCACCGAGGGCCGGGGGGGUAGCGAGGUAGAAGGAGGCCGGACAGCUCUGGAUAACAAGACCUCGCUACUCAACACCCAGCCUCCGCGCGCCUUCCCAGGGCCGCGGGCGCGAGACUACAACCCGUACCCCUAUUCGGAUGCCAUCAACACCUACGACAAGACCGCCCUGAAAGAGGCUGUGUUCGAUGACGACAUGGAGCAGCUUCGAGACGUGCCCAUCGACCAUUCUGACCUGGUGGCUGACCUUCUGAAAGAGCUGUCCAACCACAACGAGCGAGUGGAGGAACGGAAGGGAGCCCUGCUGGAGCUGCUCAAGAUCACGCGGGAAGACAGCCUUGGUGUCUGGGAGGAGCACUUCAAGACCAUUCUGCUCCUGCUGCUGGAGACCCUUGGAGACAAAGACCAUUCAAUUCGAGCACUGGCGUUGAGAGUUUUGAGGGAAAUUCUGAGAAAUCAACCAGCAAGAUUUAAAAACUAUGCCGAGCUGACGAUUAUGAAGACUCUGGAAGCCCACAAAGACUCCCAUAAGGAGGUGGUGAGAGCAGCUGAGGAGGCUGCGUCCACACUGGCCAGUUCCAUCCACCCAGAGCAGUGCAUCAAGGUGCUCUGCCCCAUCAUCCAGACGGCCGACUACCCCAUCAACCUUGCUGCCAUCAAGAUGCAGACCAAAGUCGUCGAGAGGAUCGCAAAGGAGUCAUUGCUGCAGCUCCUCAUCGACAUCAUCCCAGGCUUGCUGCAGGGUUAUGACAACACCGAAAGUAGUGUGCGUAAGGCCAGUGUGUUUUGCUUAGUGGCAAUUUAUUCCGUAAUCGGAGAAGACCUGAAACCUCACCUUGCACAGCUCACAGGGAGCAAGAUGAAGCUACUAAACUUAUAUAUAAAGAGGGCCCAGACCACCAACAGCAACAGCAGCUCCUCCUCCGAUGUCUCCACGCACAGCUAAUGGCAGCACCUGUCUCUUGUGUAGACCUAGAAGCAAUCGGUGGUGCCUCUCAGAGACCUUUCCCCACCCCCUUCAUCGGCUGCCCAGUCAGUACAAGGAGGCCCACAAAUAUUUAUUACAAUCAGUAUUUUGGUCCCUUCCAGCUUUUCUGUAGAAUCUUACUGGUAUUGAAUGUAAAGGAAGCAAGGCCUGUAUUGCAGUCUCAUACAAAACAAAAGGAAUAAGAACAGAAAAGAGCCAUACUGAAACAUGUCUUGUACAGCCUGCUGAGAUAGCGAAACCAUGUGUUUGGGGUGCAGUUUUUAAAAAUCAGAGCGCUCUAGCCACUACUUGGUAGAAAGUAGCAUUUUUUUUCAGUUAAUAACAUAUUUGGGGGUGGGGUGGGGUGUUACUUUGUGUUCCUCCUCCUUAGCCUAUUUUCUUGUGAGUAUGGUCUGUGUGGGGCCCCUUUCACAGCUGACACCAUGAAAGGUGAUAUAUCUUUAAGUUGUGUUCUGAGACCUACUAAAAAUGGGAAUCAAGUCUUGGCAAGAACAGUCUGAAGAUGGCCUUUUAACAAACGCUGGGAAUUUUGCUUGUCAUAUCCAGACUGGAGGCCGACUGCCCUGGCUUUCAGCAUAGAAUUGGGAGUGUACCCCAACAGUCUCCUUCCAGCCCUCCCUAAUCGACUCCGACAAGGUCCCUACCCCAGAGUUUCCAUGCAAAGGAAUUCUUCAAGUUUAAAUCUGGACACAAAACUGAGAUAAAUGUAUGGCAUCAUUUAGGGAUGCCUGAGAUGGCAGUUCAUGAAGCACAGAAGAUAAAGAAGAAGUCUUUCAUCUUUACUGCUGAGAUCCUUGGGAACACUGUUGUCAUGGGGGUUCUGCCAAGACCCUCAUCUCUCUGCUACAUGGUGAUUCAGAUUUAGCACCAACUUCUUUCCUCUCCUUGAAGUUCUGCCUAAGCUGUUCAGUUCUAACAUGGUCUCAAUUAAUCUGGUAAAUGACAUCUUUACCAUCUUAGUUCUGACUUCUCCAUUUAAUGUGGGAUUAAGAGCCAAGAAAAGCCUAGAGAGACUGGAUAUCACAAUUUUUUUUAAUUUUAUAAACUGAAGUAGUUCCUUGAAUGUCUGUUGAUGAAAUAGUCACUGUUUAAGGAAAAAGUAAUUAUGAGGUGUAGCAGAUUGCAGAAAAACAGGAUUAGAAACACACUUAAAAAGAACACACAUUUAGAGUCUCUCUUCCUCCUCAAGGAACCACUAGGCCCCCUUUUUAAAAACACCUUUAGAGCCUAAUUACUCCAAUAAAAGUAACUAGAGGUUUGGAGUCUAGUUAAAUAAAUUCUGAGUAAAAUUCUUAAGCCAAAUGGAAAUUCUUAAUGCAAUCAUGAAGACUUCUAUUGUCUCUUACUGUUGUAUUAGAUCCUAUAAAUUGAACUGAUUUUUCCAUAAGGAAAAUGCUUCUUUUGAGAUUAAUUCUAAUAAUGUAUUUGCUAUUCCAGUGGAGAGCCCACUGCAACUGCUAGGACUGAAAGCAGAGGCUGGGUGCCAGAGCACGUGAUUCUUACCAUCAUUUCCACAGACCCCUCUGCCCUGACCCUCCGGAUUGGAUGUAGGAAGCUGGGAAAGACUGAUGUUGUAUUUGGAAACUUGCGCUGAAAAUGAAGGCCCCAUAGUGCGUAGGAACAGUAAAGCCAGAGUGCUGACCUGUGUGUGUGUGUGUGUGUGUGUGUGUGUGUGUGUGUGUGUGUGUGCGCGCGCGCGCACCCUACACAUGUGUGGUACCUCACUGCUGCUGUCUAGGGAACUUGAGGGAUGCGUUUCAAGGGGUUGGGUAUUACUGACUAGCUUUGGCUCAAAAUAUAGCAGGACCAGGUCUUUUGUUGAUAAAUACUGUUUGUUGAUUAAUAUGUCAUUAAUGGUAUUUCUUUUUUACACUCUACAAGUGAAUUAGUCUCUUGUUGACCCCUCUUUUAGGAAUGUGCGUCGGGCUAGAUUAUCCAUGAGUUUCUUUAUUCCUAAUGCAGUUAGAAAGACCUUUCUCCUUGAGCUCUUUGACUCCCAGAAGGUCCCCCAGUCCCCAGUGUACUUAGAAAGGAUCUUGAACAUUGCUGGACAUCCUCAUAGUACUCACAAAGGGCUAGCCUUGAAUGUCACUCGCCCAGUCUUCAGUCUCCUGACUUAGAGAGAGAUACAAUCACGUCACAGGUCUCUUGGCCUCAAUCUGAAAACUGCUGCCGCCACGCCGAGGAGACUCGCAUGCCGCCACCACCUCACUGGGAGGGCGCCGAGCCCACCGUCGCCCCCUAGACCCUGACAGCUGCAGCUGCCUUGCCUUGCCGCCGCCUCCCUGCAGGGCCCCUGUUCCAAUGAAAAACAGAACACAAAAGAGCGGAGCACCUAAUCCUGUCUCUGCCUCCCUGUCUACCUGACUGGCCAGGGCCCGAGACCCCUGCUGCUCCACUGCGGGGCUGGGCGGGCUGACUCCCUGCUUCCUCCAAGCUGCUGCCUCCCCUGCAGCCAGGGUCUGGGCAGGGUGCAGCCAGUCCUCGGGGCACGCACCUUCCUUCAAGUGCACUGUGUGUGCUUCCCGGACCUGCGGCGAUGCCACGGGCCUGCCUUUUCUACGCGCCUCACUAGCUUACCACCCUGUGCAGGUAAUGCAACUGAUUUUGUCUCAUCAGUCUUUUUCUUUUCCCUGCCACCCUUUAUUUAUCAAGCAUAAUGUUACACUUUAAAGGACAGCAAAUAAGAACUUUGUAGAAUCCCACCAGGACUUUGCUAACAAUAAUGUUUGGAAAUGAAUAAAUGCUCUGAAAAAAUAUCAGCCACCAAAAUAGUUUUGUUGGCACUGUGUUCACACGCAUGGUCCCCACACCCCCAGGUUGGGUGGGUUUUUUUGUUUUUUUGGGUUUUUUUGGGGCUUUUUCAUGUUACAUCCAUAUCUGUAUUUAUAUCUUAUUUGUUUCACUUUCAAGUGUAUCAUGGCAAAUGUACAGAUUUUUUUUGUUAAUAAUGUGCUAGGAUUUGCUAAAAAAGAAAACAAACAAAAAAAAAACCCUUUUGAGUUUGCCCUAGAAUAAAUGAGACUUAAUUCAA